UGCGCCGCGGCGGUGGCUCACUUGCUUAUGACGUCACAGCAAUACUGAGCGGCUAGCGCUUACAUUGGGGACAAAUUAUUUAAGUUAAGUUAAGGCUUAUUGCAAAUACUGCAAAUGCAGUAUUAACUGUAAAAUUAACCAAAUAAGAGCGCACAUGACGACCAAAAAACAUGCACAAAAUACAUCAAGUUUAUUGAAACAAAGUAAAAUUGGUUUCAAACCGGUCAAAUCUUCAGAAACUUGUCGCCAAGAAGCUGUGAUAGCUAUGUUUAUAGCCCAGCAUCGUGCUAUUGAGCCGGUUGGCCACCUAUGUGAAUUAUUGAAAUUGUUUGGAGCGAAGAAGGUUAAAUUACACAGAACCAAGUGCACUAACCUUAUUAAAAAUGUAGUAUCUGUGCACUUUAAUGAAGAUCUGCGUCUUGACCUGGGCAACGAAAAGUUCAGUCUGUUAAUUGAUGCGUCUACCGAUAUAAGUAUAACCAAGCUUCUAGGGGUUGCUAUAAUAUAUUACAGCGCUCAAUGCGAGAAAAUUCAAUCGACGUUCCUUUCACUUGUGUCAAUUGAAAGUGGAGACGCACUUAACAUUUCCAAGUGCCUCCUGGAUGAGCUGUCUCGCCUUAAAAUUCCCGUAUCAAACAUGAUAGGAAUCGGCACUGAUAACGCCAGUGUGAUGGUGGGUAGAAAAAAAGCGUUUAUACAUUAUUAA